AUGCACACCUGCCUGACCACCCCCAAAAGGCUCGCAACCGUCAGCUGCAUGCCCAUGACCCUCCCGACGGGCCCCAUCGCCGCCCUCGACACCACGAUCCCGUACACAAGCACCGCCACCACGCCGCACAGCAGCAACACCGCCACGAGCGCACCCCGUGAGGGAGUCGCUGCGGUGCUGGAUCUGCAUCCACUUCGCCCUCGACCCCAUCUGCGUCAAGACCCCCUGAGCCAGCGCCAGCGCCAGCGUCACUAUCAACGCGACCCAGGCCCCGAUCCUCUUCCUGCCGUCCCGCUUCUCCUCCCUGGCGGCCGUGGCCUCGUCUGCCUGCGCGGCCUGCGAGCCGGCCACGCGCUUGAGCCCCAGGAUGAGCUCCAGCUGCAGCAUGAGGAUGUACGCCGCGGUGAUGAAGCCGACGAGGUUCUUGAGCGGGCGCAGGAACCCCAUGGCGCGGGCGUGCGUCUCGACCGGCUUGCCGGACAUCUGGACGUCCAGGUUCAGGCAGUGGACGGCCAGCGAGAGCGGCAGCCAGACGACGGUGAGGAUGACCCAGCACGUCUUGAGCCAGCUGGCGGCCGAGCGGACGGGGUCGUUGGUUGA